AGUUUUGUUGUGCACAGUUGCUGGUAUGAAAUACUGUGGACGUAGGUUUGAAGUGCAGCUCCGCUGCCCGUAUGAUACUGCUUUAUCAACAUGGCGUCCGGAAGGCGACCCGAACAUCAAGCACCACCCGAAGUGUUUUACAAUGACGAGGAGGCCCGCAAAUACACAUCUAACACAAGAAUGAUUGAGAUUCAAGUUCAACUUUCUCAAAGAGCAAUAGAGCUGUUAGAUUUGCCAGAGGAUCAACCUUGUUUUCUUUUGGACAUAGGUUGUGGAUCUGGUUUAAGUGGUGAAGUGUUGACAGAGCAGGAUCAUCACUGGGUUGGCCUUGAUAUAAGUCCAGCAAUGCUAGAUGUAGCAGUUGAAAGAGAAGUAGAAGGAGAUUUGUUUCUUCAUGAUGUAGGACAGGGUCUUUGUUUCAAACCUGGAACAUUUGAUGGGUGCAUAAGCAUAUCUGCUCUUCAGUGGCUCUGUAAUGCUGACAAAAAGGGACACAAUCCUGCUAAGAGACUUCACAAAUUUUUCAGUUCACUUUACAGUUCAAUGAGUCGUGGAAGUAGAGCAGUAUUCCAGUUCUACCCAGAAAACCCUCAACAGGUUGAGUUGAUCACAACACAGGCCAUGAAAGCUGGAUUCACAGGAGGCUUAGUGGUUGAUUAUCCCAACAGUACCAGAGCGAAAAAAAUAUUCCUGUGUCUUUUUGCUGGUGUAGUUGUGGACAAACUGCCAAAGGGUCUUAGUACUGAGGAUUCAAAAUCUGUUGAGGAUAGUGUUCAGUUUAGUGGGAAAAGAGAGAGAAACAAAGUUCCACGUGGAAAAUCAAUAAAAAAGAGCAAGGACUGGGUAAAAGAUAAGAAGGACAGGAGACGAAGACAGGGAAAGGAAGUGAGGCCAGACUCCAAGUACACAGGAAGGAAAAGAAAAUCCACAUUUUAAGCAUCAUCUUCCAUGAUGGAGUGGCUCAGGAACUGAUGUGGCAGCCUCUUCGAACAAAAGCAGUAAUGGUGUUGAAGAUAAUUUAUGCCCAAUCUUCUCAUCCGAAUUCAGAAGCACAAGUGCUCCGUCAGAUCGCAAGGAGUUCAACGAAUUUAAUCAACAUUACAAUGUGGAAAACUCAAACAUUUUUACAGAAUGAUGUAUACAGCUACACAGCCUUGAGCGUAGCUUUAAACUUCAGGAGCGGAGACCAUAUUACCGAUGAUAGCAAGAUGCUUUUGAUGAACAAAUGACAAAGAUGGGUAAAUGUCUCUCAGAACUUAUAAAAUAUGGAAUUUUUCAAGCAAUGAAGAGGGUGUGGCUGGUGCCCUCUUCCCUGUUCUGCUGUCGGUGGAUCGAUGAAUAAGCCUUUUUAAAGACAGAAGCUACCUGUUAUGGGUUUUAUGUUGUAAGAGUGGGUAUGAUUUGAUGGGAAAUUUUCUCAACUUAUGCCUAACAUAAUUUUUUAUAACAUUGAACUAACAGUUCCUUACUUGGAUAGAGUACCCUAAAUGCACUAAAUAUCCAAAUUAAACCCUAAAUGUUGGGAAUCAACCUAAGGUUUUACAAAUGAUUCUGGCACUUAAAGCAAACAGGAAAAUUGAAAAAUUCACUUUCAUCCCAAGAUGUCAAGCACAUCCCUGAGGACUGAAAAGCAUUUCUAGCUAAACCCUGUCUGAAAAUAUUUAAAUAAAUGCUAAAUGAAUUACAACCUUA